UUUGUUUGACAUUGACAGCCAGACGCCGAUCAAUGAGGUUGAUAUUGUGUCAUUGGCCCAUUGCGUGGGUUUUUAGAAAUAAACAAUAGGAAAAAAUGAUGCAAUUGCGUAAUACCGUCAUACCACUUACCCAAAAACUUUACUCACCUGGACUGAGUCAAAAACGUACAUUUUGGGAAUAUGUGAAUAUGAUGUUUAACAAACCGGACCCUGACCGAAUCAAGUUGGUGGGUCCGGACCGAGCUUGUGCCGAAUGGGUGCUGCGCAACGGCGGGCGAGUCAUGUGGGAGACUGGAAAAAGGCUUGCUGACUACAACUCGUUGCCGGCCGACGACCAGCCAGUACCCAAACUAGUCGAAAUCGAUGGAACUGAUUCUUCAAUUUCACACUACGGAUUUCCUCACUUAACUGGCUGUACAAAAUUAGAAAGAAUCAUCCUUCAUAAUGACCUCUACAUCGAUAACAGAGCAAUGAAGGGUCUGUCACAUGGGAAAACAACUCUGACCCAUGUGCAGCUUUCAAAAUGUGCUGAUGUAACUGAUGAAGGAGUCAAAGAAAUAAAAAUAUUGGACAAAUUGAAAACUUUAGUGUUAUAUGAUUUAGCAAGUGUUAAAAAUUUGGAAGAAUGUAAACAAUAUCUUAAAUCACAGCUUCCUAACUGUAACAUACAAGAUGCUGUAGAAAAUGAAAAAGCUCAAUAAUUAUGUCCAUUUUAACAUAAUACUAUACAGCUACAUAAGGUUCACACAUCUACACUUUCAAGUUUCAACUUAAAAAAAGUAUCCUAGUUUCACACCUUUGCCUACGGCUUCAUUGACACUUUUGUAUCCAUCUCUUUCAAGUAAUUCAGCUAACUCUGUCUUAAUCUUAGUCACAACUGGGGGGCCAAAGUAUAUAAGUGCAGUGUAUAUCUGUACUGCACUUGCACCAGCCAAUAUCUUCUCAUAUGCAUCUUGUCCAGAGAAAAUACCACCAACACCAAUUAUUGGUAUUUUACCUACGACACAACAACAAUAAUUCAAUCACAAUUCAAACACUGUAAAAUGAAAUAGAUGUAAAAAAUAUAAUCUUUACCUUUUGUUAAUUUGUA